AUGCAGGGAGUACUCAGUUCCAUUGCCCCCUCCACACUCCGUGCCUACUCGGCGGCGGAACAGCGGUUCUGGGCCUUUGCUCGUGAGGUCGGGGGGCCCACGUCUUGGCCCGCCCCCCAGGACAUGGUGCUGCGGUACCUGGCCUACCUACGGGCCUUGGGGCGGGCCCCCAGCACUAUGCGGGGGGAUUUGGCCGCCAUUUCAUUUUUCAGCAAGGCCCUGGGCUUCGAGGACCCAUGCGAUUGCUUCGCGGCCAGGCGAGCGGUGGAGGGGUGGAGGCGCCUGGCUCCUCCCCCCCCGGAUAAGCGCAGACCCAUCACGCUGCCCAUUCUGCGUGAGAUCACGCUCCGCACCAAGGACAUCUGCUGGUCGGAAUUCGAGGCCAUCCUAUUCCGCGCUGCCUUUUCCCUGGCCUUCUUCGGGGCCCUGCGGGUGGGGGAGCUGGUUUGCGCCUCAAGAGAGGACACCUCCGGGCGGGCCCUGCAAGUGGGGGAUGUGUCCUGGGGCCGGGGCGGGCUAACCAUCAACAUCCGGAGGUCUAAGACCGAUCAGCUGGGGCGAGGGGCCAGCAUCUUCCUUCGCCCCGCUGCCAUUGCUGCCGUAUGCCCGGUCCGGGCAUUGGAGGAGUAUCUGGCUCUGCGCCCCUCUGGCCCCGCGCCCCUUCUGGUGCACGCUGACUGCUCCCCUGUCUCGCGUUUCCAAUUCGCAGCGGUGCUCCGGGCAUGCUUGGCGGCCGCGGGUCUGCCCCAAACGGAGUUCGGGACCCACUCCUUCAGGAUCGGGGCCGCCACGUCUGCCAGCGAGUGGGGCCUGGCCUCCUCCCAGAUCCAAGCCAUAGGGCGGUGGAGGUCCUCCGCAUAUCGCACUUACGUGCGCCCCUCGCGGGCUGGGCGUCGCUAA